GUGAUGAAGACGAUGUCAUCUAAUCCUUAUAGCAUAGUUUUGAGGUGAAAAAGGCAACUACAUCUAAAAAAAACCAAACAGUGCUAUUUUCACUAUAAAAGGAUAAAACCGAUGUUAUUUCUGUCCUUUCUAAAUAUUAAGACAAAACAACGUCUCAGUGAACUUAAAAGGAGAAACCCAACCUGUCGCCGCCACAAGAGUCUCGGCUUCCGUAACAGUCUGACCAAGUAUUGAACCAGAGUUUGAAUUAAGUGGUUGUUGGGGAGAAGUGUGAGCUGAACUGACUGCUCUUUCCAUUAAGCCCUUGUCACGACUUUGAUUGAUGGUGCUGGUAGGUGUUACGUGUGAAGAUGAUCUUCGACGAGGAAUAAGACACUGAUAUUCAUCAUCAUCAAACUCAUCUGUGUCAGCUAGCAAGAAUUCCAAAUGUACACCAACUGUAAUGAAGAAAACAGAAUCUGAGUUCACACUUUUUUUUCACCUACAAAGACUGAACAUCCACGAUCAAGCCCAUUUCUAGUGAAAUGUCAGACACUUACAGUUUUCAUUGUCUUCCACUUCACUGGCAACAGCCUAUAAUUUAGCAAAAAGAAAUAGUUUAAAUCAUGACAGUAAGGAGCAGAAGAGUAUCCUUUAUUUUACCACACACUAGGCAAAGAUAAUUUAAUUGUAAUUAUGACCUCCAGAAUCAUCAGAAGAUAAAAUUAAAAUUAAAUACAUGUAAGAUCUAUUUAUUCAGAAGUAUUUCCCAACCUGGCCUGGCUUUAUUUCACUUAAAAAGUUACUGGUAACACAUAUCAUCAAACUUUCCAAGUUAACAGCUAGUUAUCCUGUAAACUAUUGAUGUUAUAACUGGCCAUAGGGAAUCUUGGACAGAGCUAAACAAGGCUUAAAGCUUGUACUAACCUUUCCAUCAUUUUCUGUGACACAGGCAUCCAAUUCACCAAUCAGGCUUCCCAAAUUUUCCAAAACGCGAUUGAUAUCUGUUGGAUCAUUGCUAUCUCUUGCAGUGGCCAUAAUUAAAUGUUCCAGGGAAUUUUAAACUGAAGUCACUACGUACCUUUACCAACAGGAUAUGUAACAGAGAAAGAGAAAGAUGCUGAUGAGAGAAACACCUCCUGCUCCACACUCGUCACUCGACCAUAGUCAGGCAAAUAUUUAUUUUCUUUCCGGAACGCCUGGUAGGUUUUCAACAAAACAAGAUAUGGCGAGCUCAGAGAGGAGAUAUUUUGCGAACAGAUUUCAGGAUCGUGACGGACAAACAAUUUUGCAGUAUUCUGAAGGCAAGAUUAGUGACCCUCUUUACUCAAGGAUAAGAAGUGAAGCUCACAAAUUGUUGAAAAAAUGCGAGGAAGGUUUUGAGCGCAGCAAAGAUGAUCGUGAUUGUUCUGUCUACACAGGUACUGCAGGUAUGGCCCUUCUGUACAUGCAUUUAUCAAACACUCUUUUCAAGGAAGAUGAUAAUGGAAAGCAGGGAUGUUUAAAGAGUGCUUUGAAAAUCCUUGAACAUAGCCAGGAUAGUCUAAGAGGGAAGAGGGUAACAUUUAUUUGUGGAGAUUCUGGUGUCCUCUCCAUGCUUGCUGUUCUCUACUCAAAGAUGGGUCUGAAAGAUAAGAGUGAGGAAUGUCUCUCCAAGCUGUUAAGUCUGUCAGAUAAUGUGUGCAGAGAUCCUUUACUUCCUGACGAGGUGCUUUAUGGUCGAGCAGGGUACUUAUUUUCAUUGCUGUUUGUGCAACAGCACUUAGGAGAUGAGAAGAUUAAUGCCAACGUAAUUAACCAGGUCUGUCAAGCUAUUUUAGAUUCUGGUGAAAGGCUUGCAAAGCAGGAGAGAAGUAGGUCACCCUUAAUGUACACAUGGCAUGACAAACAUUAUGUUGGUGCAGCACAUGGUAUUGUUGGAAUCCUGUUCAUGUUACUUCAGACUCUGUCAACCCAGUCAGUAAAGGCUAACUUGGGAAACAUUGAGAGCUGUGUUGAGUUUCUUGUGUCAGAGCAGUUUUCUUCUGGUAACUUUCCCUCAUCACUGGAGAAUGACACUGAUAAGCUCAUCCACUGGUGCCAUGGAGCUCCUGGUGCAGUCCACCUUAUGGUCAAAGCAUACCAGGUCUUUGGAAAAGACAAGUACUUGAGUGCAGCUGUUAAGUGUGGAGAUGUGAUUUGGAGGCGAGGUUUACUAAAGAAAGGCUAUGGCAUAUGCCAUGGUGUGGCAGGGAAUGCUUAUGCCUUUUUGUGUUUAUACAAGCAGACUGGAGAUUCUAAGUACCUACAUCGUGCCCUGAAGUUUGCUGAAUGGUGUUUUGAUUAUGGCAAACAUGGUUGUAGAAGUCCAGACCGUCCAUACUCAUUGUUUGAGGGGAUGGCUGGUACAGUUUAUUUCCUAGCUGAUAUACUGGAACCUCACUCGUCAAAGUUCCCAGCAUUUGAGUGAGGCAAAAUUACUUUGUUGCUACUCUUAAGAGUGAAAGGAUCGAUUUUCCAUUAGAUACACAAAACCCCUUACUGAGGAGACAACAUUGUGAGUCUCGGACACAGAUAGAUAAUUGGUAAUGAUCUAUCUUAUGCAAAGUGUAUUUGUACUAUUUUCCCAUUUAAUGGAAUUAGUGUUAAUUGAGAAAUGUAAAUGUUAGAGGUAAAUUAUUCACCUUUAGUUUUUGUACUUCAAUUCAUGGGUGAGCAUUUUCAAAUAAAAGUAAUUUUAUGUUCAGUACUUUUCUCAACCAUUCUUGUUUUGAUUAUUGUACUACCUAUAACUAUCAGUUCCAUGGGUUAAUACAUGAUAACCAAAAUGGCAGUGCAUAUGAUAUCUUAAACAACAAAUAAGAGAUUUAUUAUUCCUCAGUGACCACAAAAGGAUUUUUUCCUGUUUGUUUCUCUUAAGCAGGAAGAGUGUUUAAAUCCAUCCUGAACUGGUACCAAGAGAGUAGGAUAAAAGAACUUUGAUUGGAUAAAAAUGAAUUAUCAAUAGCAAGAAAAUUGUGUGACUAACAACUACUUUUCAAGCAUUUAUUGGGCCAGAUCAGCUAGUGUUUCUCUGUGUCAUGGCUUUCUGUUUUCUCAGGGUUUUAAAACCGUUUAAAACCAGAACACUACAAUGUACUGUUUGUGAAUGGGUUUUUAAAGAUGAAGACCUUACAAAGUGUUUAAUUUCAUGCCAUUAUCUAGAAGGUAUUCAUACAUCAAUAUUAUUUUUAUUAAAUGUUUUUCA